UCUGAUGUUUUUUUAAUACAUUUGCAAAAAAUAUAUAAAAACCUGUUUUCACUUUGUCAUUUUGGGGUAUUGUGUGUAAAUUGAUGAGGGGGAAUAAAAUACAAUUUUCGAAUAACGCUGUAAAGUAACAAUGUGGGAAAAAAUCAAGGAGUCUGAAUACUUUCCGAAUGCACUUUAGAUCCAUAGGAAAGUAACUUGAGAUGUUCUAUAGGCGCAGGCAUGGAUAGACAUGAUCGGGUGGUGGUUUACCCGAAUAUGGCUCAAAAUUGUCUAAAGAAAAAGGCCUCUCCUCAAUUCCUCUGCUUGGAGCCCAAGAGCCAACCAUAGUCGGUCCAAAAAAAAUCUUCCUCAUUCCAAAGGCAAGGGGAAAGGGGAUUCUGACAAGCUCUCAACAAAAGUAAAUGAUUACAUCCUCCCUGGGGAAAUGCAAUUUGAUGGACUGUAUUUCCUUGGCAUAACUUUGACUACUGACCUGAAAUGGGUGGGGUUCGAACAGGUGCACUGUAUAAAAACGACUGGUAACGGCUUAAAGACCAGUAGUGGUGGAUGGCAAAAGUCAUUCAAAAUGGGCAACUGGAUCAUUAACCAUGGACUGACAUACUUCAUACUGAGUAAUAAAUAGAAGACUACAAUAUUCCCAAUCCUGCUGUUUUGGUCAUCUUUUCCUGGCUGGAUUUACAGGUGGUCUGGAUGGCCAUCAACAUAUUCAUUUUCGUCUGGUUCUACUUCUUGUACGAUUUGGGGGAUCGGUUUUUCUACACGCGACACCUUUUAGGGUCUGCAUUGGCCUGGGCCAGAGCCCCUGCAGCCGUCCUCAACUUCAACUGCCUGCUGAUUCUGCUGCCUGUGUGUCGGAACCUGCUGUCUCUUGUCCGCGGCUCCUUCGUGUGCUGUGGGCGAACUAUGAGGAAACAGCUGGACAAAAAUAUCAGUUUCCACAAGCUGGUGGCCUACAUGAUUGGCCUGAUGACAGCGGUUCACAUCAUUGCCCAUUUGCUGAACGUGGAGCGGUACUACAACAGCUGGCAUGGAGAGUAUGAUGCCCUCAGCAUGGCCCUGUCCAGACUUAACGACUCGGGCAACACCACCUACCUGAACCCAAUCCGCUCUACAACCACUACUCCGAACCUCCUGGUGUUCACCACCAUCGCUGGGAUCACGGGCGUAAUCAUCACGCUGGCACUCAUCCUUAUGAUCACCUCGUCCAUGGAGGUCAUCAGGCGCAGCUACUUCGAGGUCUUCUGGUUCACACACCACCUCUUCAUUGUCUUCUUUGCUGGGCUGGUCAUCCAUGGAGCCGGACGCAUAGUUCGAAGUCAAACAAACGCCAAUCCACCAUACAAUAUCACCUUCUGUAAAGAUCAUAUAGAAGACUGGGGGAAGAAAAAGAUGUGUCCCGUCCCUCAGUUUGCAGGGGGGUUCCCACAGACCUGGAUGUGGGUGAUCGGUCCCAUGGUCCUCUAUGUGUGUGAGCGCUUGCUGCGCUUCAUCCGCUACAUUCAAGCGGUCAAAUACAGAAAGAUAGUGAUUCGGCCGUCCAAAGUACUGGAACUGCAGCUGGUGAAGAAUGGUUUCAAAAUGGACGUGGGCCAGUACGUCUUCCUCAACUGCCCAGCCAUCUCCCAGCUGGAGUGGCACCCCUUCACCAUGACCUCUGCCCCCGAGGAGGACUUCUUCAGCGUGCACAUUCGCUCUGUAGGUGACUGGACCCAGAAACUCAUCAGCAUCGUGGAGCAGCUCCCUGAGGGGGCUCAGGGACCGAAAAUGGGUGUGGAUGGACCGUUUGGUACUGCCAGUGAGGAUGUGUUUGACUACGAAGUCGCCAUGCUGGUUGGCGCUGGAAUCGGAGUCACCCCCUUCGCCUCCAUCCUCAAGUCCAUCUGGUACAAAUUCAAGGACUCCAACCCCAAGCUACGCACCAGAAAGAUCUACUUCUAUUGGCUGUGCAGGGAGACGCAUGCAUUCGAGUGGUUUGCAGAUCUGUUGCAGGUGCUAGAGAGGGAGAUGGAGGAGAGAGGCAUGGGAGACUUCCUCACCUACAAACUCUACCUCACUGGAUGGGAUCAGAGCCAUGCAACUCAUGUGAUGGUUCAUGCGGAUGCGGACACGGAUGUGGUCACUGGUCUGAAGCAGAAAACCAACUACGGCAGGCCGAACUGGGAUAAGGAGUUUGAACAAGUGUGCCAAGAGAAUCCGACGUCAGUGGUGGGCACGUUCUUGUGUGGCCCUGUGGUCUUAGCUACCGUCUUGUCAAAGAAAUGUGUCAAAUACACGGACGUCGAUCCCCGAAAGACCAAAUUCUACUUCAACAAGGAGAACUUCUGAGUAAAACAAUGUCUAAUCUGCCCCCCGACCAAAGCUGGCUCUUUGGUCUUCCAAAAUGUUUGCAAAGAGUUGUUUUUAAAACUAUUCAUCUGGGAGCUUCUUGAGUGGUGCAGCGGUACUUCCGGCCGGGAUUUCCUUGUUCCAUCGCGCUCUAGCGACUCCUUGUGGUGGGCCAGGCGCCUGCAAGCUGACUUCGUCCGCCAGCUGGACAGUGUUUCCUCCGACACAUUGGUGCGGCUGACUUCCGGGUUAAGCGAGCAGCGUGUCAAGAAGCAGUGCGACUUGGCAGGGUCACGUUUGAGGAUGCAUGGCUUUUGACUUCACCUCUCCUGAGUCCGUAGUGGAGUUGCAGCGAUGGGACAAGACUAUAACCAAAUGGAUAUCAAGAAAUUGAGGGAAAAUAUUUUUUUUUACAAGAAUCUGAACAUGACAGAUGCUGUAGAAUAUAUCAGCCCUUAAUACCUUUUCAGAUUCUGCUUCCUCCACAGAAAACUGACAAGCCUUGCACAAAAUUAGAGAAAUAAGCUUUUUGUGCAUAUGAAACAUUUCAUUUCAACUCAAACAUGCAACCAACACUUUAAAUAUGUUUUAUUCAGUGUAGAAUAAAGAAUCAACAAUGGCUCUUAUAUCUGAACAUGACACUGAGGCCUUUGAGUUUCACGCUUUCAAGGUGUAGCUACAGAGAAGGAAAUUAUAGCAAUGUUUUUACAAAAGCCCUAUUGUAUAUCCAUUUCCUUGUAAACGAUACAGGUGCACUGAAGUGUUGUUAAAUGAGGGCGAGGCAUUGCCAGUCAAAGCUACAUAAUCUGUUCUAGAACAAAUGAGUCACAAUCCUAUGAAGCAUGUAUACAAAUGUACUUUCCUCACAUUUACAAAAUAAUUCCAAGGACUCUUUCACUCUGUGUAUCCCCUCAACCUACACAAUUGUUUCACUUCAUUUGUAUGUCCUUUUUCUUAUGAGCAAAUAGUUUAUUUUAAAUCUACAAUGGACAC